AUGGUGAUGAUGUCGGUGUUGAUUCUUCCGUCCCUGAGCUAUGCUGCUACGUAUUAUGUAGGGGACACAUAUGGCUGGUCUUAUAAUAUUGAUCUCGACUCGUGGGCUGCCGACAAGACUUUCUAUGUCAAUGAUGUUUUAGUUUUCGCCUACGACAACACCUAUCAUAACGUGGUCUCCGUUGAUGCCAAUGGGUACAACACAUGCUCAGCAAACUCGAACUACGGGGUUUUUACAAGUGGCAAUGACGAGAUAACAUUGACAAGCGCCGGCACAUGGUACUUCAUCUGCUCGUAUCACUGCGACUUCGCUAACCAGAAGAUGGCAGUCACUGUCUAUUCACCGUGA